AUGCUUUACACUUCAAUAUUUUCAGGAGAAGCAGGGUGUGAUGAUUUAGAGAAUAUUCCCAUAAAUCUUUUGCUGGUGGGUAAAACAGGAGCGGGGAAAAGUUCAACAGGAAACUCCAUUUUACGGAAGAAAGUUUUCAAAGCUGGUUCUGGUUCAACAUCUGUAACUAAAAAGUCUAAGCUAGCAACGUCAACAUAUAACGACUAUAAGUUCACUGCUGUUGAUACCCCGGGUAUAGCCGAUACAGAAAUGUCACAUGAUCAACUAUCGGAAAUUCUACUCAACUCAGUUUCAAAAAGCAGUGACGGCUACGGUGCUAUUUUGUUGGUCGUGCAAUUCGGGCAAAGGUUUACAAAAGAAGAUGAAGAAACGGUCACAACUUUAAAAGAAAUCUUCGGUGAGGAGGUCGUCAAACGUAAUCUCAUCUUAGCAGUAAGCAGGGGUGAUUUGUUUGACCCGGAAGAGGAAGGGUCACCUGAUUUUGAUCACUGGUGCUUAAAACAGACAGGAAGUUUUCGUCGUCUGCUGGAGGAGUGUAGCAGACGUGUUGUUUUGUUUGACAAUAAAACAAAAGACAAGACAGUGAUUAACAGGCAAAUCAAUCGAUUGAUCGAACUGGUCUUACAAGUUAGUAGCAUCUUUGACAAUGAGGAUUUAUCAAAAGCUCAGUCUAAAAGACGUAUAAGAAAGGAACUUGCGAAUAGGUAUGCAAGUAUUCAAAGAGAUAUUCAAGGCAUAAGGACCUUCGAGCCCAGCGUUUUACAAUAUUUAACCCGUCUAAAGCAGAAAAAUAAAGUACUGGUUGAUAAUAUCUUAAAAGAAUUGAAAAAUGAUCCAGUUCUGAGCGAUUUGCUAAAGGAUGUAAUCAACGAAAGGGAAAAGGUAGACACUUAUAUCGAGUUCAUAAGAAAUAGAAAGGAAACAGUACAAGCAACAUCACUGAGUGCAAAAGUUGGAAGUGUGUGGAAUAGUAUCAAAAUGGGGUUUUAUGCAAUCUGCAGAUUUUUACGUAUCUGUUAG